AUGGCUGCAUUUCAAGAGUUCUUUCAUGCUAUCGACAAGGAUAAUACAGGAACGAUUACCAUUGAUGACCUGCGCAAUUAUAUGCGUGAAAAGAAGUACAAGGCGGAAUUCGUUACCAACUGGACUAUGCUAUUCGAUCCCGAUCAUACUGGCCUUAUCACCUUUGAGAAGUAUUGCGAAGUGUUGGGCCUGAAACCCGAUAUACCUAAGACUCGAGAACAUUCAGUUAAAUCAGGUUCAGAGGGACAAAAACAUCCUAGUCCUACAGAGACAAAGCCUUCCACUUCUAUAGGUGUUGAGGAGGUGCAAAUUUGCCAAGAAUUAAAGCCGGAAGUGGAAGCUGAAAAGCCGGGACCCGAUAAUCUAGCUGAAAAUCAAGAAAACACCGACUCCAUUCGCCUAGGAGAUGAGGAACUUAUGUAUGCGGAAAGCAUGACGAAUCCCAAGCAAACAAAAAGGGAGAAAUCGAAUUCAGAGCAUGGAGAGGAUUUAAUUAAGCCGUCUGAACCUCAAUCACGAAAACGCAAGCACCCCAAAUCCCCCCCCAAAACAAACCCCAUUGACAUUGAAUCUACACCAUCAACUGUUGAAUCUCAAGAGGCUGUUCCAGCCCAAGAGGCAAAAGAUUCGGGAAUGGAUAUCUUUGACUGGCUCAACACCACAUCUCAGCAAGAAAUCACGUUCGAUGAUGAUGAACAGUUAGUGCAGUCAGGUGUUCCUUCUAAGGAGGAUUCCGAUUUCUUAGGAAAUGCGUCUCCUUCGGGUGCGACUCCAACAAAACCUAAGGGUGAAGAAUGUCACAAAGCGAAGACGGAUGGUGUAGGAGAGGGCAACAUCUCCACACCUCCGAUUACUGAAGCAGAACACCCGAAAAAGAAGGAGGAGUCUAGUAAGCGUGGGAAGAAAACGUCGGAGUCGAAUAAAGGUAGCAAAAAACGAUCAGAAUCGUCUAAGGUGAGUGAAUCUGAGGUAGUGCCAUCAGUAGAAAAAAUUGAAGACUCGGUGAUUCCAGACUUGGAAAACGUGAAACUAGAGGAGGAACCAAAGCAUGAAGAGCGAACCUUAGAAGUGUCGGGGAGCGAUGAGAAUCUUGGCGUCUCGGAGGCGCCUUCAGGACUGGAGAGUAAAGACGCUGGUGGUGUUGAGGUCAAUCUCAAUCCUUCAAAGAAGGAUGCACCUGAAUGUGCUGAAUCUCCUGAUGGACGAAGAGGCCUAAAGAAUACUGCCAAGAGUAAAGGCAAUGGGAAAAAGAAACGUGAAAAGAAGGUUUCAGAAUCUGGAGAAUCAGUGCCGACCCAUCCGACAGCUGAUGAAAAGGAACUUAGUUUCACAAUGGAAGAGCAGACUAUUGGCAUUCCUACAACUGAUGAGACAAAGAUGAAAGAGAGC